AGGCGUCUGUUUUUCCUUCUGUUGUUGUGUAAAACCCUAGAAGCGUGUAAAAUCUCUUCUCAGAAGAAGAAGAAGAGAAACUAAUCUUAAUUUGCUGCAAUCAUGGCGAAGAUUUUAUCCCAAAAGGAAGAAGAUAUACAGAUGCUUUUAGCUGCAGAUGCACAUCUCGGUACCAAAAAUGUAAAUUUUCAGAUGGAGAGAUACGUUUUUAAGAGAAGAGCCGAUGGUAUUUACAUCAUAAACCUUGGAAAAACAUGGGAGAAGCUUAUGAUGGCUGCAAGAGUCAUUGUUGCCAUUGAAAACCCACAAGACAUCAUUGUUCAGUCUGCUAGGCCAUAUGGGCAGAGGGCUGUUUUGAAGUUUGCUCACUACAUCGGUGCUCAGCCGCUAGCAGGAAGACACACCCCUGGUACAUUCACCAAUCAGAUGCAGAAAUCCUUCACUGAGCCACGUCUUCUCAUCCUUACCGACCCAAGAACUGACCAUCAACCUAUCAAGGAGGCUGCUCUUGGUAACAUUCCCACAAUUGCAUUCUGUGACACUGACUCACCAAUGCCAUAUGUUGAUAUUGGUAUUCCUGCUAACAACAAGGGAAAGAACAGCAUUGGUUGUCUUUUCUGGAUGUUGGCAAGGAUGGUUCUGCAAAUGCGUGGCACCAUUCUCCCAGGGCAUAAGUGGGAUGUGAUGGUUGAUCUAUUUUUCUACAGGGAGCCUGAGGAAACCAAGGACCAGGAAGUAGAUGAGGGUGCUGGUCCAGUGCCCGAUUUUGGUGUUACCGAGUACGGUGGUGCUAUGCUUGCUAAUGAUCAAUGGGCCGGCGACGCCCAAUGGGGAGGUGAUGCAGUUGCUGCUCCAGCCCUUUCUGCCGGUGCGGAUUGGACUGAUGCAGGUGUUCCUGCUGCAGGAGUAGAUGUAGCUUGGGAAUCAGUGGCCGCACCAGUUGAAGGCGCAGUUGUCCCUCCAGCUGCAAGUUGGGAAUGAGGGGUGCAUUAAUGUCUUAUAUUUUUGGCCGGUCUUUUCCCAUGUAACUCAGGGUGUUAUAUCGAACCUUGUUCUCUCUGUUGAGCUAAUUUUGUUUUAAUAGUUGAAAAGAUAUUUUAGUUUUCUUAGCUCCAUACCUUGAACCUUUUUUAUUUUUAGUAGCAGAUUCCUUCCUCUUGGGAAUGAGUUUCUUUACACUUGAGAAUUGUAGCUAAUGAGUGGUUUUUUGUUGAGCCUUGGUUGUUUUUUUUUGUUUGCUCGUCAUUUUUAUGUCUGGAGUAUGUUGCCUUUUGAGUUUGUGAUGUCCAACUUGGUAUUGUUUAAACUGUCAGUCGUACUUUUAUGAAGGAACUGUUAACAUCG